AUGACUGAUACCCUUGCACCUAACUUCCCGGAAAUUAAAUUAGAAGAUAUUCAUGUUAAUGAGGAUGAAAUUGAUUUUUCAGAUUUAAAAGAACAAUAUGAAAUCAUCUCUGAUAACACAUCUGAAACAAAAAACAAUGUUAAACUGGAUAGAUUUGUUGUUGUUGAUGGCACUCCGAUUGCUCCAGAAAGUAAAGUUCCAAUUUUAACAAAAGUUUUGACUAAAUUAUUUAGUCAGGCUGGUGAAAUUAAAGAUUUUAAUUUACCAAUGGACACAGAAGAAAAGAAAACCAAAGGUUAUUUAUUUAUUGAAUAUGCCAACGAGCUCAGUGUCAGGAAGGCUGUUAAAUUGUUAAAUGGUAAAAAAUUGGAUGCUAAGCACCGUUUAUUUGUCAAUUCUUUCCGUGAUUUAGAAAAAUAUGGUUCAACUGAAAAUUUUAGUGCUGAAUUCAAAGAACCAGUUGUUCCUAAACCAGUUUCCAAAACCCUUUUGGAUUCCUGGUUAUUAGAUGAAUACAGUAGAGAUCAAUUUUCUAUUACCCGUGAUGAUGAUACUUUGAUUGCUUGGUACAGAGGUGCUCAUAAGCCAGAGAAUAUUGUUGAACCAAGAAGAAAUUGGUCGAAUGCACCAAUCAAGUUCUCACCAUUUGGUACCUAUGUUUUAUCCUUACAUGAACAUGGUGUCCAAUCCUGGGGUGGCCCUGAGCUACAAUUGUUACAUAAAUUCUUUCAUCCUCAAGUCAGAGCUGUUCACAUUUCACCAACCGAAAAAUACUUAGUUACCUUUUCACCCAAACCAAUUAUGUUAAGUGAUAAUGCUGAGCUCAAUGGGCCAUUCACUCCUGAAAUGGAGGGGCACAAUAUUGUUGUCUGGGACUUGGCCACAGGUGUUUUAUUAAAAACUUUUGGUAUUCCAGGUAAUCAAGAAUUUCACUGGCCAAUGAUUAAAUGGUCUUAUGAUGAUAAAUAUUGUGGUCGUAUAGGACCAAAUGCCAUUGCUAUAUAUGAGCCAGAAAACAACUUUCAACUUUCUAGAGGCGAGUUAUUAAAGGUUAAUGACGUCCAAGAUUUUGAAUUUGCUCCUACAGGUGUUUUGUUACAUAAGGCUAGAAAAAGCAAUGCUUCCAAAAUUACUCCAGAAGACUAUUCUACUGUGUUGUGUUACUGGACUCCAGAAAAUAAUAAUCAAAGUUGUAAAGCCACCGUUAUGGAGCUUCCUAAAAGACGUAUUUUAAGAACUGUAAAUUUGGUCCAAGUUUCUGAUGUCAGAUUUCACUGGCAAUCUAACUCAGAAUAUCUUUGUGUUCAAGUCGAUCGUCACACCAAAUCCAAAAAAUCUAUUUUCACCAAUUUGGAAAUAUGUAAGAUGGGAGAACGUGAUAUUCCGGUAGAAAAAAUUGAAUUGAAAGAUCAUGUUUUAAGUUUUGCAUGGGAACCAAAGGGAGACAGAUUUAUUACUAUUUCUAUCGAUGAGGCUGGCAGAGAUGAAAAUAUUGCAGUUCCACAAAACGUUGUUACAUUCUUUGCACCAGAGGUUGAUAACGUUACCAAGACCGGUAAAGGUGCUGCUGCUGGUAGCGAUGUUAAAAGCUGGAAAAGCGUUUAUAGUUUGCCUAACAAAUUUAGUAAUAAGAUUUCUUGGUCUCCAAUGGGUAGAUUUGUUUGCAUCACCACAUUGAUUAGACCACCACAGGUUCGUAACCAAAGUGAAUUUUUAUUUUAUGACAUGGACUAUCCAGGUGAACACAUCUUAAAUAAGGAAAAUAAGACCGGUGCUAAUAAGAAUGGUGUCAACUGCAACUUAAGAGAUAUUAGUAAUGGUAAAUACGGUAGUGGGACAAAUAUGCAGUGGGACAAAUCUGGUAGAUAUUUAGCAUGUUGGUCAUCCUAUUUGAGGCAUAGGGUCGAUAACGGGUAUAGAGUUUACACAUGUACUGGUAAGUUAAUUAGACAGGAAGGUAUAGAUGGUUUUGUGUCAUUUUCUUGGAGACCAAGACCAGACCAUUUAUUGAGUAGUUCUGAAAUUAAAAAGAUUAAGAAGAACUUUAAGGAGUACAGUGCUAAAUUUGAGGAAAUGGACAUGAUGGAAGCUAAUGAAGCUCUCAGAACUGCUAUUUUGGAUCGUCGUUCCAAAUUACAAAAUUGGAAUAGUUUCAGAGCAGCAACUCAAAAAUCAGUUGCACCAUAUAAGAUUUUUGAGAACUUUUCUGAAGUUGAAGAUCACACUAAGUCUUUAAUUACCAUUGAAGAAAUUCAAGAAAAGAUUUUGGAAGAAAAGAAAGAAGUAGUUUAA